CAAAAAUAAUAUUCAAAUUCACCUAAUUAGGAAAACCACCCUACUUUCCUGUAUCGUGGGGAUUCAGCAGUUAAAUGAAGGGCAAAUUGAGCUGUUCGGAAAAAAUGUGUCAACAUUUCGAAAUGGGAUGCCUGGAGGUCUAAUCGGCUAUAUGCCGCAGGAAACAUCUCUCUACGAAACCUUUACAAUUUUGGAAACCUUCAUCUACUACGGAAGACUUUAUUGUAUACCGUUAGAUAAAAUUUUUAAUAGAAGCUGAGUGUAAGAAGCACGUAUACACAUUAUUUUAGCUCUUGUUUAAAAUAUAAUUUCUAUUGUUGAAACAUUGAGUAGGAAGCAGUGAAAUAUAUCAAACUGUGCACGAAGUCAUUUUCAGUCUAUUAGUGAGUAAGAAAUCUUUGGUGGAAUCGGGACGGGGGUGCAAAUUCGUGUCAAAACUUUUCGGAAAUUCUGGAAGGGAAGGCGGAGGAAUACCUUUGUUCUCUUUCCAGUUGGGACCAUACCUCGCUAUGUUAUAAACAUACAGAUAAGUUCAAUUCAUUGAGUAUAUGUCCUGCCGAAGUUGACAAACCACUGUAUCCUGUCAUACUCCAAAGAUACUGUCACCACACUUUACUUUGAUUCAGGAUGCCUACUCAGCACAGCCCAAGGAAAGACGAAUCACAUGACACCUCCGCAAUGACAAAUAGUUCGGCGGAAUUGGCGACGAAUUUCACCAACCUAAGCAACAUCAUAUCAAAUAAAUUUGAAGACCUCUCGAAAGAACUGUUAAACAAAGUGGGCUCUAUAGUGGAUAGGGUAACAAUUUUGGAGAAACGGCAGGACAGGAUUGAAAAGAAAAUCGAUGAAAUAGCGGCAGAUGUGCACUCUGAAAUAGCUCAAGUUCGGGAAGAAAUGCAAGAACAGACCCGCCGACUACAUAAAGUUCUCAACAUCGUCAUGAUGGGUGUACAGGAAACAAAGGAGGGCAUCGCCGCAGCGACAAAGGUGAUGGGAAUCAUUCUGCCCGCGUGGACGGAAGCGUUACCAAAUAUCCGAAUCGGGGAUCCAAAUCGGAAAAGCCCACACCCGCGUCCACUACGGGUCACCCUACGCAACGCUCAGGAGAAGUCGGAGGCGCUGCGUAAUUGCUGGAAGUUAAAGGACCACCAAGAUCUAAAAACAAUUGCCGUGCGUCGUGAUCUCACGCGAAAACAACAGGAGGAGUGGAAGGACAACUACUCAAGAGAGAGGACGUCAAAAAUGACAACCAGACAGGAUUCAAAGAGGAAGAGGAACGAUAAUGCGACGUCUUCUGAAUCACAGACACGAGCGGCGAAACAGCAUAAAGCUGGCGAUAACUCGAUUAUGGAUGAGGAUUGACUACAGGGCACUACUCAACCUACAAUACCUAAGGAUAAGACGACAGGACCAUGACGGAUUGGACAUUUAAACGUUAACUCAUUAAGAUAUAAAAUUUUUAAUUUAUCGGAUUAUUUGCAUGCUAAUAACAUUGAUAUAUUCUGCAUGACUGAAACGAAACUUGAUCAGAAUGUACAAAUUAUCUCUAUUCCAGGUUAUGCAAUUAUAAGAUUGGACAGAACAGGAGGGGGAGGUGGAUUGGCCGUGCUAUAUAGGAAUCAUCAUAAAUGCAAGAUAAUGCAAUUAGCGGAGAUGGACAUCGACAAUUCAAAAAUAGAAAUAUUGACUCAGAAAUUUCAAAGUGGUAAUGAAAAAUCUUUUAUGGUUUCAUGUCUUUAUCGCCCCAAGUUUAUAUUGACAAAUACUGACAUAGACAAAUUUGAAAGUAUUUUUCAUGCACACCUUAAGACAGGUUUAUAUUUUUACAUAUGUGGUGACUAUAAUAUACAUCUUGAGGACACACACAAAUCUCACAUCAAAAAAUUUAAUAAUGUACUGAACAGACUGGGACUGCUGGAACUGAUACAAAACCCCACGAGAGGAAAGGCGAGACUCGACCUUAUCAUAUCGAAUGACGAUAUGAAUAUUAAUGGCGCCUGUGUGAAUCAACCAUUUAUAUCUGAUCACGAAUCCACAAUAAUAGACAGGCUAGUAACUCGGGUACCAAAGAAAAAAAGAGUUAUUCAGUUUAGGUCGUAUCGUAAAAUGGAUACUAGGAGGCUGGCGGAGAGAGUAGUCGAAAUGGACUUGGAGGGGUUACACUUAUUAACAAUUGAUGAUGCUUGUAAGACUUUUAUACACAAACACAUACAGCUUUUUGACGAAUACGCACCUAUUUUGACCAAAUCUAUUAGGGAAUCGUCGACACCUCGACACAUGUCGGAUGAUACCAAAUUACUUACUAUAAACAGAAAUAAGUUGUACGAACAACAUAAAAAGUUUCCCACACAUGUGACCAAGACUCGACUAAAGAUAUUGAAUGCACAUAUAAAUAAAAUGUUUAAGCUUGACUGUAGGCGUAAAAUUGAUGCGGACAUUAGCAAGAAUGGGGUAUGGAAAACCAAAAAACAACUAUUCAUGAGGAAUCAAACUAAUAAUCAGCUGGAUAUUGAUAUACUCAAUGACUUUUAUGCAGGUGUACCGAAUGAGCAUUUUGAUUGUGUGCACCCCACUAAACCAUCUGGACUUGAUUAUGACGCACAAUUUAAAUUUACAAAAAUAACCACUUAUGACUUAAUACGUGUAUACAACAAACUGAGAACCAGAACUAGGACGGCUUAUGACAGCACAGGUCUUGCACCAAUUAUGCUUAAUUAUACGAUCAGGUGUCCAAACAUAAGCAAUGCUCUUACCAAACUUGUGAAUGGGUCAUUAAUGCAAGAGGAAUUUAAGAAUUGUGUGAAAACUGGGUCUAUUACACCAUUGCCAAAAAUUGAUUCACCAACUGAACCAGCGCAUUAUCGUCCUGUAGCUGUGCAACCCUUCUUGUCUCUAGUUAUUGAAAAAGUGGCCCAUUCACAGAUUGUUAAGCACUUCGAUGACAACAAUAUGUUAUAUAGAGGGCAGUUUGGCUUCAGGAACAGGCACUCAUGCGAAACAGCAAUGGUGGCUGUUACUGAAUCCAUAUAGGAACAGCUAAACAAAGGUAAUAUUUGUAUAUUAGCAGCAUUAGACCUGUCGCGUGCAUUUGACGUCAUUGUGAGCGAAAUACUUUUUGAAAAGCUCAGUUGGUAUGGUGUGAAUCCUAAAUGGUUUAGAUCUUAUCUUAGUUAUAGGGCGCAAGUUGUCAAAGGUCCAGACGGGAAAAUCUCCGGAGUGCGUUACACGGUGCGUGGAUGCCCCCAGGGUAGUGUUUUAGGCAGUUUUGUAUUUUGUGUCUACAUUAACGAUCUUCCAUUAGUGGUGCAACACUGUCUCAUGGUGUUAUUUGCGGAUGACAGUCAGCUUUGCAUUAGUGGUCACCCUAGUAAGAUAAAUGAGAUUAUUGACAAAUUGACGACUGAUUUGACUGCUGUGGUUGACUAGAUGGAACGUAACGGCAUGAAACUAAAUUUGGGAAAGAGUCAAUUAAUUGCAUUUGGUAGUGCCUCAAAUCUGAGUAAAGUAGGUCAGAUUAGCAUUGACAUUGGUGGGGUCAAAAUAGUAAGCAAAGACCAGAUAAAAAGUCUUGGGCUCAUUUUGGACUCAAAGAUGUCUUGGUAUAACCACAUAAAUUCUUUAUCCCGAAAAUUCCAUUAUGUAGCACGGUCAAUAUAUCCUCUGAAACCUCUAAUGACGCAGAGGAACAUCAUAUUGGUUUUUAAUGCAUGCUUAAUUUCACUUUUAAACUACAUGAUUGAAAUAUGGGGGUCCUCUUGUGCAAAAAAUUUGAAAAUAAUUGAAAAAGGUGUGCGACAUGUCG